GGAUUCAAUGCUGAUCAGUCGUGACGUCAUCAAAUCGAAGUAGUUAUCGCGAGAGGCCAGAGAGCCUCGUUAUUUUUUAAAGAUAAUUUGACUUCUACAUUGAGAUUUUCAUCGGCAGUGUCUAAAAUAAAUUUAUCAAAAUGUCGUUAGCAGGAUUUAAGAAACAGAUCAACAAGGCAAACCAGUAUAUGAGCGAGAAGAUUGGUGGUGCUAAAGGAACGGAGCUUGAUUAUGAAUUUCAAGAAAUGGAAAGGAAAAUAGAUGUAAUGGGAAAAUUGGUGGAUGAAUUAAUGUCAAGGACGCAUGAAUUAUUGCAACCGAAUCCAGCUUCAAGAGCAAAAUUAUCGGCUGUCAAUUCGAUAUCUAAGCUUCGUGGAACAGCUAAGCACAAUCCCUACCCUCAGCCUGAAGGUCAAUUGGGUGAUUGUAUGACGAAGCAUGGACGUGAUUUGGGUGACGAUUCACAUUUCGGAAAAGUCCUUGUCGAAGUUGGCGAUAGUUUAAGACAAAUGGCUGAUAUUAAAUACGCUCUAGACGACGCGGUUAAGCAGAAUUUUAUUGAGCCCCUGCAUCAUAUGCAGACGAAAGAUCUAAAGGAAGUGAACCAUCAUCGCAAAAAGCUCUCUGGAAGACGAUUGGAUUACGACUGUAAGAAACGAAGGCAGGCGAAAGGAGGCUCGAACAUCACCCAGGAAGAAAUAACGCAAGCUGAGCAAAAAUUUAGUGAAUCAAAGGAUUUAGCAGAAACCGCCAUGUAUAAUAUGUUGGAAAACGAUGUGGAGCAUAUAUCACAACUGGGUGCAUUCGUUGAUGCUUAUCUUUCAUAUCAUAAGGAUUCAGUUGAAAUUUUAAUGAAUUUAAGCGAAACAGUUGAAAGGUUACGUAAUGAUGCUAUGAGUAGACCUAGAAGUGAACAUGUUCCAAAAAAGAAUAUGCUUGCUGUAUCUGAAAAUAACAUUCAAAACUAUGACAAUGCCUUCGAUGCCGUUGGUGAAAAUAGUGGAUACAGCUUAUCACCAGCUCCUCCGGCUUAUAGCUCUGUUACUCCUACAUCGCCAUCUAAGAGUCCAGUUGGUCAAGGACCACCAGCGCCAGGACGCCAGCCGUGUUGCCGAGCGAUGUUCGAUUUCGAGCCAGAAAAUGAGGGAGAAUUGGGCUUUAGGGAGGGCGAUUUGAUUACUCUCGUGCAGCGUAUAGACGAAAAUUGGUAUGAGGGAACGCUGAAUGGAAAGACGGGCUUCUUCCCAUGUAACUACGUUAAAGUCCUUGUUGACGUCUAG